AUGCGGUCAUCAGGGGUCCCGCUCACCAGAUGCUGUCACCGUGGCGCAGGGACGGCGGGAGGGGAGCGAGGCGGCGGCGGCGGCGUAGGGAAAGAACGCGUCGGUGACGGCGGGUGGGAUGGGGACGAUAUGAGCGAGGGACGAAAUAAGCGGGUAAAAUGCGGCGUAAUGAAGAAAAUGGACAGGGGCAGCGAUGACAUUUUACCCGCGCUUGCUGACUGGGCGCCAGCGUGUCGGGCUGCCGUGGCUUGCCACAUGCGCAAAUAUGGCGGCGGCGGCGACGACGCCGGCGAGGUGGCGGUGCGUGGGGGACUCGUCGCUGGCAGGCCACGGCCAGCAGCACCUAGCCGGCGUCGUCCGGCUCGGCGUGCGUCCAUUGGGGCUGUCUGGGCUAGCAGGCUGGGUCCAGUGCGAGCUCUCGUCUCCGAGGCCGCCGGCGAGCGGGCGGCGGAGGGCGAGGAAGAGGGUGCCGCGGUGAGGCUGUUCGUGGGCCUCCCCGCGGACGCGGUGGUCUCGGACGGCCGCGGCGUGAGCCGCCCCAGGGCCGUCUCGGCGGCGCUGCGCGCGCUCAAGCUGCUCGGCGUCGACGACGUGGAGCUGCCGGUGUCCUGGGCCGUCGUGCAGCCCGGAUCCGGGGGCUGGUUCGAGUGGGCCGGGUACCGCACCGUCGCCGCCAUGGUCCGCGACGCCGGGCUCGACCUCCGCGUCUCGCUCCGCACCGACGGCGACGCGCUCCCCGAGUGGGUGGCCGAUGCCGCGGACGCCGACCCCGAUAUCCUCUUCACCGACCGGUCCGGGCACCGCCGCGUGGGCUGCCUCUCCUUCGCCGUCGACGAGCUCCCUGUGCUCGUCGGCAAGUCGCCGCUCCAGGCCUACGAGGCCUUCUUCCGCAGCUUCGCUGACGAGUUCGAGGACUUCUUGGGGUCAACAGUUACGGAUGUGACUGUGAGCCUGGGUCCUAACGGCGAGCUCCAGUACCCGUCAUACCCGCCGGGGAACCAGGGCUCCCAUGGCUACGCCGGCAUCGGCGAGUUCCAGUGCUACGACAAGUACAUGCUGGCCCGGCUGAAGCGCCACGCCGAGUCGUUGGGGCAGCCACUGUGGGGCCUGUCAGGCCCACACGACGGGCCGCGGUACGACGAGUCGCCGGAGUCGUCCGCCUUCAGGGAGCCGGGGGGCUCGUGGAGGUCCGCGUACGGGGAGUUCUUCCUGUCCUGGUACGCCGGGGAGCUCCUGGCGCACGGCGACCGCGUCCUGGCUGCGGCGUGCAGGGCGUUCGGCAGCAAGCCCGUGGCGCUGUCCGCCAAGGUGCCGCUCCUGCGCGGUUCGAGCCCCGUCGACGCCACCACGGGGCUCCACGGCGGGUACGGCCCGGUCGCGGAGAUGUUCGUGCGGCACGGGUGCGCGGUGAUCGCGUCGGGCGUGGAGGCGCGGCCGGACACCACGGCGGAGGAGAGCCUGGCCCGGGUCAAGGUCGCCUGCGCGGAGCACGGCGCGCGUCUUGCGGCGGAGAGCGCGCCUCUCGCCGUGGCGCGCGACGGCGCCGGCUCCGGGGGCGGCGUCUGGCUGUCCGCCGGGCGCACCCGGCCGUGCCAGUUCACGUACCAGAGGAUGGGCGCGGAGUUCUUCUCGCCGGCGCACUGGCCGCUGUUCGUGCGGUUCGUGCGCGCACUGGAGUGCCCCGAGGAGGCCCAUGAGGACGACCUGCCGGCCAGCGCCGACGGCGGCGAGCGGCUCACCGUGCCGUCCGCGUCCGCGGCCGCGGGCGCCCCGCUGGGCGAAGCCGCAAGGGAGGUGCAGACCGUGUGA